AUCUCACCUCGUAAAGUUUCGGGACCCCAUGGCGAUAAAGCUGAUAAUGGCGGUGACGGCAGCCGAUGGAAAGCUAGCUCAGACCGAAUCCCCACCUUGAAUGACAAGGUCUGCUGCUAUUAUAAUGUUAAUGUUUGGUUCAAGAUGGCCGCCCUGCUGUGACGUUGACAAGGAGGAGCUGAAGUCUUGUUUGAACUCGGCGUUGGAGGUGUUUGAAUCGGAGCAGACGGACUGAGAUGCAGGCACCGCCGAGACCGACGCUCCCUCUCCCGGACUGACAGGCCAAUCGAAAGCCACCGUUCGCCCUGCCUCUGAAUCCCUCUCUCUCUCCAUCUUUCUCUUCCCCUCUCUCUCUCUCUCUCUCUCUCUCCAGCUUCAUUCCUUAGCGCUCUGCUCGUGUAUCCCCUCCUCCUCUUCCUCCUCCUCCUCCUCCUCCUCACACCUUUUGGUCAGAAGAGGAAGAGGAAGCCCAGCCCAGGGAGAGACGCUGAGAGGAUGAAACUCUGACACGCCGGCAGACCACAGGGAAACAAGAGCACAACUACGGGCUCAGAUUGAAUGAAGUCCAGUUUGGGCCAUGAUGAAUGCAUGGAAACAUCUCAGUGCCGCUGCUAAUGGGCUCUUAGACAGAUGAGGAAGCUUCACAAAGGCAGGUGUGCUGUUGCAGAGCAGUAGGUGGUCCAGAAGAAGAUGUUAAAACGCCUGGAUUUUACACCGAUUCAUCAUUUCAAAAGAUAAUUGCUUGGAAAGAAUCACCCAGGAAGGUCAGCCAAGACUCCCGCUGUAGGUGCCAAAGUGAGAUCUCCAGGACUACAAUUACUCUGGCUGCAGAGCAAAGUGAAUGACAGCGACCCUGCUGACCCGGGACUCGGACCUCUGCAGUGACGACUGAUUUCCAACUCCUAGAGCCUCCCAACAGGUUGUAUCUGACGGAGGAACCGGUGCCGCGCUCCCAUCCUCGCGCUCCUCCAACAACAACAACAACACUGUUCUUCAGCACCUUUGGCAGCAGCAGCGAGUCGUGUGACCCCGCUCCAGGCCGACCGGCUUCACCUGUACAUGGAGACCCCCAGCUGGGCAGGAAACACGUUGUGUAAGUCAGGAAGCAUUGCCGUCUUCGGGAACGUGGUGUACAGCGGACUGCUGAACGAUCACCUCUGGCAUUUGGGAGUGCCCCUCUUUACGAGACUGGGUAACCAAGAGGCCACCAACCCUCCUGAAGCGAUGGCCCAGCCCUACACCCCCGCCCAGUACCCGCCUCCCCCACAGAAUGGCAUCCCUGCAGAGUUUGCGGCGCCGCACCCGCUCCCGACGCAGGACUACACCGGGCAGAGCCGGGUGCCUGAGCACGCCAUGACCCUGUACACGCCCACACAGACGCACAGCGAGCCGGCCGGCACUGACAACAGCACGCCCGCCAUCACCGCCACCACGACCGCACCGGUCAGUGCCCUGCAUCACCUGCAAACACUGUUCUCAACACGCUGUCAGCAACAGACAGAUGACGUGACGCAAACAGAGGGUUCUCAGCAGCUCCAGCUCCAGCACUCAGACUCUUCAGAGAAGCAGCAGCCAAAAAGGUUACAUGUCUCCAACAUUCCCUUCCGCUUCCGGGACCCAGAUUUGAGGCAAAUGUUCGGGCAAUUUGGAAAGAUUUUAGAUGUGGAGAUUAUCUUUAAUGAGCGAGGAUCCAAGGGCUUUGGGUUUGUAACUUUUGAAACAAGCACAGACGCCGAUCGUGCGCGAGAGAAACUAAACGGUACAAUCGUAGAGGGACGCAAAAUCGAGGUGAACAACGCAACCGCACGAGUGAUGACGAACAAAAAGGUGGCCAACCCUUACACAAACGGCUGGAAGCUGAACCCGGUAGUAGGAGCCGUGUACGGACCUGAACUGUAUGCCGUAACAGGGUUUCCCUACCCUGCCACAGGCGCUACGGUGGCCUACAGGGGUGCCCACUUGCGGGGACGGGGACGAGCCGUGUACAACACGUUCCGCACAGCUCCGCCUCCGCCACCCAUCCCUGCUUACGGAGCGGUGGUGUACCAAGAUGGCUUCUACGGCGCAGAGAUCUAUGGCGGCUAUGCAGCAUACAGAUUUGCCCAACCCACCACCACCGCUGCUUACAGUGACAGCUAUGGCAGAGUCUAUGCAACAGCAGACCCCUACCACCACACGAUUGGCCCUGCUGCCACAUACAGUGUGGGGACCAUGGCUAGCCUAUACAGAGGAGGGUACAGUCGCUUCACUCCCUACUAAAAGAAAGAAAAAAAGCGAGAAAAGACAGAGAGACUUUACCCCAAACAAAAAAACAAACUAUCUUUAGAAGGAAAAAAAAAAAAAAGUCAAACACGUAACAAGCGAACAGCCGGUCCUUGGUGGAGAGCUAAAUCAAACAAAAAGCUUCCAGGUCCACAUGCUGAGCCCCUCCCCUGACACCCUCUACAACAACCUCUUUGAUGUCAUCAUUGGUCUGCUCUUGUUUUGUAUUCAUUUUGUGCUUCUGGUUUUCUUUUGGAAACUUUUAUGCACAUGUGCAUUAUCUUGAUUGCUGUAUAUGGGUGCUGUGUCACCAUAACCAAUGUGAGCCUACUGCAGCACGCAUGGUGCAUGCUCAGAGGUGUGUGUAUGCAGCCGCUGUCAUCUGACUGAGAAUACACCGGGUUGUUUCUGUCUCACACACAACAAGCAGAAAUCAGGUCAACGCUCGCGAUUCAAUCCAUUUCUUAACAGAAAUGAAGCUAACUGAACCGAACCUGGUGAUUCUUAGCUCAAAGACAGCGCUGCUCUGACUGCUUUGAUUUUUUUUAUUCCUUUUUUAACCUUAGAGUGUCCUACUGUUGUGCACUUGCAGUGGAGCCUUACAAGCUGUACAAUGUGGUAUGACAGCAUGCAGAGUUAAGGGUCAUGAAGGUCAGAUUUCUGUUUUGGGACUCACAGCGCUCACAUGGUGGCCCCGUCUGCUGCAAAUCGCCGUACAUGCAGCUAUUCUGCAGCAGCGCGUGUUUUAGGGGAGUAACGCUGGCGGGUUGCGUUCAGGGACAGCAUGGAAAACAGAGGAGGAGCAUCAGCGUUGCCCGGCGGCAGCGUGGAUUCCCGUCUCGGCUAAUGCUCGGUGCUGUUUGGAAGCAAUUGGUGUUGAAACCAAACCAAAUGAAACGUGUACUUUGUGUUGUUUUUUUCUUCUUUUGUUUGGUAAACGUCUCCUAAACGCUCGUACCAGAAGAGAUGGAGUUCUGCUGAACGUGUCGCUAAACUUAACGCAGCAAAGCAUGCAGGAGCAGAAUCUCUGUUUUAUUAAAUAAAACCCAUGAAAAAUCAGUAGAGACUGUAGCCUGUAAAUAAGAUUUAUUACACGACUGUUGUAAUGGAUUACUGUAGAGAAAUUAGAUUAGCGGAUCGACACAAGUUGCUUUAAGAACUUUGCUUGCUGCUGUUAUUGCAUAUUGAGCUUCUCUGGUUUUUUUGAUUUUCAUUAGAGCGAAACCGGCACUUUGAAGACGUCACCUUUGACUCUGGAGAAUCAGGAUAAGAAUCCUCCGCUGGUUCUCCUCCCUUCAGCGGCUGAAUGAGCCAACUGGUUGGUGGCGUUAGCGUUGCAGUUAGCAGGCAGUUCCUCCCCUUAAACCGCCGUCUGAGAGCGAAUUGGCUGCAUGGGGGCUGAGUCUGCAGCAGACUCGGCCACAUAUCCUCACUAUUAACAUCAAGUCGCACACGCACAGUACAGACACGGCGCAGAGGAGGGGCGACCCCUCCGCCAGUCACUGGGAUCUUUUCUUUAAGCAUUGCACAAAAUGUUUUACCUCAGGAUAAGCUAACUAAAGUUCACAAACUAAGAUCCAGAGCUGCUCACUCCUCAGCAUUCAGGACAAUUGUUUUCUUCCGCAACCAGCACGCUCCACCUCUACGGAGCCGAGAUGUUCUUAUUAUUUUCUGUUAGAGACCCCAAGAGAGAACGAUAAAAUAAGACUGUACUGUUCUGAGCUACGGCUUCUGUAUUAUAUAGAUAGACAUAUACUGUAUAAGACAUUUUACACAGAAGAUAUAACCCAAAAGCACCCAGGCUAACGUUAGGAGACGUAGAGCUAGUCCACAUCCAGUCAUUGGCUUCUACUUGUGCUACGUGAUUUAAAGGAAAUCUCUGUGUAGCUGCUGUUAGCUGGUUUCAGUGCAGCUAUGGGAAAAAUCAAAGCUAUUGCCAAUAAUAUUUACUUUCCAUGUACUCACACAAGUGUUUGUGGUCUCAAAAAAAAAAUGUCUGUUGCACUUUGUUUUUUUUAUUUCUUUCUGAGAUGUAACAUAUUUAUGAAAUCUCUCAUAUACAGCUAGUCAUGUUUAGUCAAAAUGUUAAAAUGACAGAGUAAUGUUGUAUAUCAGAAAAAAAAAAGAAAAUUAGCUCAUUAUCUCAUGAGUCAAAGAAGAUCUUUAUGUGGAUAUAAAAGAGAAAAAAAAAACAUUGUUCUUCCUUUUCUAUGCUAGUGUGAAUGCCCCCCGCCAUUCAGGGGUUUUAUAAGGAGCAAAACAAACUUUGAGAAUUAUUUUUAGCAAACAGGAGAGUUUCAUGAGUGGGUGUUCAGUUAGUGGCCACCAUUAGCAAGCUAGCCUGGAAUGAAACCGACCUUUUUUCUGUGUUUCUGAUCUGAAUGUGUGUGCCUAUGACGUGCUAUAUAGAUAUAAAAUAUGUAUGAAUAUGCAUCAGAAUGUUUGACUGUGACGGAGGAAGGAAACAAACGGGAAGAGAGCGUGACUCGAGUCCCUGGAAUAACAUCACCACGUGAAAAUCAUUUUACAUUUUCAUCAACUGGAGAGUUCAAAUGUCAACAUUUCUCCGUUCAUUUGCCACAUUUAGCAACAGUUUGUAACGUUAUUACAACUCCUGCAGAAGGACGAUAAACAUUUUCUUUAUCUCCUUCAUAAAUAAGAAAAACGUGACAUUAAUAUUUAGCCCUUAGAUAAAAAGCUUCUGAUGAUCAAUAACCGUUUACAGAAAAUAUGAAAAGUUGCAAAAUCUUUGUAGUGACUUUCUUAUCUGACAUUAGCUUUUUUAAAUAGCAUUUUCUCACAUAAAAAACAACGAUUUAUAAAGCAGCAAGUUAUUUAUUGUAUUUCUAGACGUAGAGAAAUGUUUUCUGUAAAUAUAUAUUUGUAGAGUAUUUGGACCUUCUCAGCAUAGGAAAAGUUUUCUGGUUUCACAAACAUUUCUGGUUAUCGUUUAAUGAGUUCAAAUCAGAUUCAAUUUAUCUUGUUUUUCUCUGCUUGGUCCAAAGCUUUUGUCACCUGGGCUCAAAAAUAAACUAAGCAUACAAUAUGUUAAAUAUGUUAAUACAUAAAGUAGUCAGAUUCGUUGUUAGAAAAAAUUUUUUUUAAAAUAUCCAAAACCUAUAAUGGGUUUUGCAAAUUUAACAAAAUUUCUAGGUAUCAAUUGCAACAAAUAGGUCAGGAUUUAGUCAUUUCUGGCCAAUAAAAUCAGUUUUCAAGUUUAAUAAAUUAAAUAAAAGCAGAUUUGGGUGCAGCUUUUGCAUAAAAACGACAUGGAAAGCAAAAAGCCUGGUUAUUUAAAGACAAAUAACUGCUGAUGUUGCCAAUAUUUUAAUUUGCAAGGAGAUUUUACUUGUGAUCAUUUUGCCCCAAUUAAAAAUAGAAAGUCAGCCGUGCUGUAAGAUAAAAGCCCCAACAGGAUUGGACAGAUUUUAACCUUAUAAAGCUCCAUUUCUGUGUGGAAGUGGAAGAUCUGCUGAAUCUGAACCAAACAGAACAUUUUGAUUGCAGGAAAAUGUCACUGGUUAAUAUUCCCUCAUAUUUUGGCAACCAGGACGUCUUCAGUGUAAAUACAUGGACAUGAAGGGUUUACAGCAAACCUGAGCAGUGCAAGAGGAAAAACGGCUGAGCUCAUUCAUCAGUCUAAUUACCAGAGGAGCUGCCAGGUGGAUGUAAAGACAAAGAAAGGGAGUGUAAAGAGAGACUGAAUCCAUUUUAAACCUAAUUUACCAUCCAAGCAAACUCUGACCUCCAACAUGACGGAGGAAUUUAUCACAGGAGCGGCUGAGCACCGUCCAAGUUGUCCAUCAAGCAUCCAUGAGCUCAUUUUAACUACCAGUACAAAUUCAGAAUUAAUUUGCAGUCAAAUAUUAAAAUCAGAAUGAUGACUAAGGCUGAGCUGAAAUGACUCGGCUUUUCACUCUGGCUCCGCGUUCAGAGUAGAUUUUCAUGGAAACUGUUGGAUUUGUUGCUCUGGUAAUUUUAAAAGGAGCUUAAUUAGUUUGGAGAUGUUUUAUUCUGUAAAUAGAUUACGGCUUUAAUAAUAGUUUCUCCCAAUGAUUUGUGAUUCAUACUGCUGAAAUGGACUUUUUAAUCCAUUACGGUCAUCAGAGUGUGGUGAUACACUAAUUCGCUUUUGGUAAUUACACUGAAUGUCAAAGCAUUAGCAUAUGCGAUGCAAUUAAGAGGAAAUGGAGACGUGUUUGUGAAUGUAAGUUAUCCCGACAAACAUCUCGCUGCGAGGGAAACGAGCUCCUUUUUCCCCUGGUUGUGAUGUUAUUUCCGGGACGACCGGGUCGCUGUCCGGAGCCGCUCCCAACAGUCUGCACGGGUUUGUCAACAGUUUACAGAAAAAGUUCAAAUUAGCUGUUUCAGUGUCAGCUUAUCAAGGCUUAAAUGUUAUAGAUAUGAUAUUAAUUAGCAUUCUAUAGUGUAAAGAUCUAAUGCAUUUUAUCAUGCUUACAGUAAGUCAAAUGUGAAUUUAUAGUACAGACUCUAACUUUUAGGUUUGUUUGCUUUUGUUGUACUUCAUAACCAGCUUAAUAUGCAACCAGUCCUCUAUUUGAUCCACCUGUUUACACUUAUUAAUAGUAGUACUGAGCUAUGUUUACAUAUGAGAAGAAAAUACUCUUUAUGCAUCGUUUAUAUUUACAAGUAUUCACUAAGCCCUGAUAAGCUGGCAGGUGAGUUUAUUAAUCCACCUAAAAAUAUUUGUACAAAAGAAAACCAAGCAAAAAAGUUGCAGCACCUGUAAAUACAUUUAAAUGUAUAUACACACAAACUAUAUCAUGAUUCUCUGAGUAACUGUUUUAUAUGUAUUCCUAUAUGAAGUGGGGUUAUAUGUGUAUUUUCAACUUAGCUCAACUUGUUCUUGAACUCUAUGUAAUUUCUAUAAUGAGAAUAUAUUGUCUGAAAGGUGUAAAGUAAUUUUCUUUGAGAUUAAUUUCAUAGGUAAAAGGUUUACUAUAAUGAAACUUUUAGUUAUUCUUGAGAUCUUUCUGUUGUCAGUAUGUGACAUAUAAGUAACCACUGAUUGUUUUCUGAGUGUCAGAAUAAAGCAGUUAUAAGAACAUUA